AAAAAUCAAUUCAACAUAAAUAACUAAACCAACAAUUAACAAAUUGUUCUAAACAUAAACAAAGAUUAAUCCAACUAAACUAAAACAUAAGCAAAAAUUAAUCUAACAUAAACAAAAUAAUUAAACCAACAUAAAAAAAAAAUAAGUAUUUUGAAAAUAAAGAAAAUCAGUACCAAGAAGGGCAAGGCUGCAACAGAACCGCAUAUGGUUUCGGCAGUCCAGAUAGCAGCAAGUAGAUGGCUUCGGCAAUUUGGCAGCAGCAGGCAGAUGGCUUCGACAACAUCAGACUAGGGAGGGAAUGGGAUUUGAGAUGGUCUGGCUGUUGCAAAGGAGAAAAUAAGGGGUGGCAGAUGGUGAGCACUGAGAAGGGUAAGGGUAGAAUCGUAGAAGGGUGGCAAUGGAAUGGAGGGCAUUCAUAUGGUAGAGUCGCAUAAUAGAAGGAGAGGGAAAGUCGGGGAAGGUGAAAAUGAAAAUUGAGAAAUGAAUUAGGGUUAGGGUUAAAUAUAUGUAGGGGAAUGGGUUGGGUUGGGUAAAAUUGGGUUAAGUUUAAUUUUGAUUGAAUUAGGUUUAAGCUUGAAUUUGAGUUUGAGUUUGGAUUUGAGUUUAAAAGUUGAAUUAAAUUUAAAAUAAAAUUAAUUUAUAUUU